AUGGAUAGCGUCCUGCGUCAAUCCAAGGCCAUGUGCCCGUUCUUGAAGUCGGCAUCGCCCGCGACCCUGCGUGCCAUGUCGACGGUGGCUCGCCCCAAGGCCUCGCCAUUGGGCGGCACCAUGUCCAAGCUGCAGCUGUAUGCGCACCGCUGCCCCGUCAUGGGCAAGGCCAUGGCCGUUCAAUCGUCCAAGUACGGCGCUGCGGCUGGCAUUCGUGCCUUUUCGGCGCAGACCAAGACCACCGGCAAGGCCAGGCUUCACACGAGCCGCAACCAGGAGGCCCGGGCUGUUGAAAGCCCAAUUCUCGAGGGACGCAAGAAUGCGCCACCUCCUCCUCCCGGCGUGGCAACCCGCAAAGAUGCGCCGCCGGUCGCCGCGACUCCGUCCGUCUUCAGCUCGACCGGCAAGUUUUCCUAUGAGGAUUUCUACCAGUCCGAACUGGACAAGAAGCACAAGGACAAAUCGUACCGUUACUUUAACAACAUCAAUCGCCUCGCCAAGGAGUUCCCGGUUGCCCACAUGGCCAGUAAGGAGGACAAGGUGACCGUCUGGUGCGCCAACGACUACCUCGGCAUGGGUGGAAACCAGCACGUUCUCAACACCAUGCACGAAGCUCUGGAGAAAUAUGGUGCCGGUGCUGGAGGCACUAGAAAUAUUUCUGGACACAACAAGCAUGCCGUUGAAUUGGAGCAGACGCUGGCCAAGCUCCACGCCACCGAGUCGGCCCUUGUCUUUAGCUCCUGCUACGUUGCCAACGAUGCCACUCUGGCCACUCUUGGCAGCAAACUCCCAGACUGUGUUAUCCUGUCUGACAGCUUAAACCACGCUUCCAUGAUUCAGGGCAUUCGCCAUUCUGGAACCAAGAAGAUUGUUUUCAAGCACAAUGACAUUGCAGAUCUCGAGGCCAAGCUGGCGUCGCUGCCUCUGCACGUCCCCAAGAUUAUCGCUUUCGAGUCCGUUUACAGCAUGUGCGGUUCCAUUGGACCGAUUGAGGAAAUUUGCAACCUGGCUGAAAAGUAUGGCGCUCUCACCUUUUUGGAUGAAGUUCACGCUGUCGGCAUGUACGGCCCAACCGGCGCUGGUGUUGCCGAGCACCUGGAUUGGGAGGCUCAUGCCAACGGCAGGCCUCGUGGAACCAUCAUGGACCGCAUUGACAUUUUCACCGGAACUCUUGCCAAGGCCUACGGAUGCGUUGGUGGCUACAUUGCUGGCAGCGCCAAGUUUGUCGACAUGAUCCGAUCGCUCGCUCCCGGCUUCAUCUUCACCUCGACUCUGCCACCGGCAACAAUGGCCGGCGCCAGGGCUUCUAUCGAGUACCAGAUGGCCUAUGAUGGCGACCGUCGCCUGCAACAGCUCCACACCCGCGCCGUCAAGGAGGAGCUCAACGCCCGCGACAUUCCCGUCAUUCCUAACCCGUCUCACAUUAUCCCCAUCCUGGUCGGCAACGCUGGUUUGGCCAAGGCCGCCUCGGAUCUUCUCCUCCAGGACUACAAGAUCUAUGUCCAGGCCAUUAACUACCCCACCGUCCCCGUUGGCCAGGAGCGUCUCCGAGUCACUCCUACCCCCGGCCACAACAAGGAACUCCGCGAGAAGCUCGUGACUGCUCUUGAUGAGAUCUGGACUCGCCUUGAUAUCAAGCGCACUUCGCAAUGGGCUGCUGAGGGUGGCUUCAUUGGCGUCGGCGAACCGGACAACGUCCAGGAGCCUCUGUGGACUGAUAAGCUGCUGGGUAUCGAGCAGGCCACGCAGGAGGCCAAGGCCGCCGGUGUUCCUGAAAAUGGCAUCACCGAGGCUCUGCUCGCCCGCGAGGAAAACAACGCCAACCGCGUGAUGGACGUCUCGGCUUAA